AUGUCCAGCGUUGCCACUUCCCCCGAACGUCAGCCCCCUACUAUCAUCUUCAAAGGAGAUUAUGUCGCGACUGAGCAACGCAUAAUGGCGAUCCGGCAGGACUACUACAAACGCAGCGCUACACCAGACAUGUAUGAGCCGCCCGCGAAACCAUCUCCAUACCCAAUCAGUUAUUUGUCGCCCACUCAAGUCAUACCUCGUACAAUAGCACGUGCUGUACCAAGUACGAGGCCGUCUAAGUUAUUUAAAGACGACUAUAACGAACCUACGCAAUAUCGUGUCCCACCGGCCAUACCGGCAUGGCGCAAUUCGUUCGAACACCUCAAACCCGAGGACAUGAAUUUCAUGCAAUCCAGCACAUGGAAAGCCGACCGUCGAUUCGUUGCACCCAAACCGCAGAUCUUCUAUAAUGUCGACUUGGAAAAACUUUUCCGGAUGCUACGAGUAUGGAAAGCCAUUGCAGACCCUUGGCUAGACACGACAGCCAACGGGUAUGAUGCUGGACGCAUGCUUGACUCUCAUGAAUGGAGAGUCCUACUCAACCACAACAAAAACGGGUACCUUCAACACCCCGUCAGCACGAAGACCGAAGACGUCAGUGCAUCCGUCUUGAGGGAACUCGACAUCCGCUUGCGUAUCAUGCGCCAACCCGAACCAGACUUUGAGGCCAUAUACCGGAACACGAGUAGCGAUGCGCGCCACGAUCGUCUUGACGAGAAGUCGGUCCGGUACAUUCUGUGGAAAUUAUGCGAACUGAAUUUCAAGUUCGAGCUCCUCUCUCUCGACCGUCGAAUCUGUAAAUUUGGUGUACGCCAUCGGUCGAUGUCCGACGAAGAAUGGAUGAUAACGAGGGAGAGCAAAGUCUUGAGGUGCUUCUAUGGCAGGAGUCUUGGAAGAACACACAUAUUCAAUGCGCAACCGGAAUUUGCACGGAAGGGGCUGGCAGACCCAGAGUGGAAGGAGAGGUUACCAUUUGUGCGUGCUUUGUGGGAUCUGAUCAUGGAUUGGGAUAUAGAGGUACCAAGGGUGCUGCAGAUAGGACUCGAUGAGUGGGUUAGCAUGGACGAAAAGGGCUUUCUAUUGAAGGAGAGGGCUAUAGUAGUAUGUUAUUGCAAGUCGUUUUACCACUCCUUCUGUCGGCUCCCCACAGUUCCACGCACGUUAUCCCCAGAGGAUAUACAGGCCGCAGUGAAGGCGGCCAAGUAG